CGUCAGCACUGACUAUAUUUCAGAUUCAUAUACAAUGCAUUGAAUUAAAUAUAUUACUACAUACUAAAAAUAUAAUAGGCGAGUAUAAUAUAAUUCCUUUAUGAUCAUUAAGAAAAACACAGUUUUACUUAAUGUCCAGUCAAAUUACAUACCAUGGAUAUAAGAUUCAGACACUACCUAGAUUAGCUCACAGUCAGUGGAUACGGAACGAAGUGGUUUGCAGGGAUGUCGCAGAAAAAUAAGAAGAGAGUUUCGGCCAGCCAGAGUUCACAAGUAAAAGGAGCCAAGACGCAGGAUGUAGAGAUGGACAGUGAUGAGGACGUGAGUCUGACACAGCCCAGCUCCACCCAGCUGCAGAGGAGCCUCGCUCGACUCACCCCGGCGCAGGUGGACCGCAAGAUGGCCGAGGUUGUGCAAUUCAUUCUAAUUAAGGACCAGAAGAAAGUACCAAUCAAACGAGCUGAUAUCGUGAAGCACGUGGUGAAGGAAUACAAGAACAUCUACAAUGAGAUAAUGAAGAGGGUCAGCAAAACCUUUGAGCAGGUGUUUGGUUUAAAACUGGUGGAGAUUGAUGUUAAACAUCACUGCUAUAUCCUGAUUAACAAACUGGAACACGUGGAAGAUGACAACCUGAGCCUAGGGGGCUCACCAAAGACCGGUCUUCUCCUGGUUAUUUUAGGCAUCAUCUUUAUGAGGGGUGGUGUGGUGAAAGAGUCACUCAUCUGGAGCACACUGAAGAAACUUCGAGUGGAGCCGGGAGAGAGGCAUGAAGACUUUGGAGAUGUCAGGAAGCUGGUAGUCGACGAGUUUGUCAGGCAAAAGUAUCUGGAGUACGUUCGCGUGCCGCACACGGACCCUGUCGAGUUUGAGUUCCGCUGGGGGCUGAGAGCCGAGAACCAGGUCUCCAAGAGGAAGGUGCUGGAGUUCUUUUCAAAGGUGCAGGACCAAGACCCCAAGAUCUGGGCCUCCCAGUACAAAGAAGCAGAACAAUCUGGGGCUACAUCUGAACUGAAGUAAACCCAGAUACACCAGCACAGAUCAACAGGAAACUGGCCUCUGUGGAAUCGCACUGAUUUUAAGAGAAACUGUUUGUUUAUUUUAGGACACCUGGGCUACACCUGAUGGCCUUUGACUUUAUGUUGAUCAAAGCACUGCUUUUUAUUGAGGGGAGGUUAUUUUAAUUGUUAGCUUUGUAUACAGCAGGGGUAGUCCCAGUGCAUUACAUUACAUUGCAAGACUUUCUUCCAACCAAGUCACAGGCUAUUGAAUUGAUCUUCAGCAGGGUCAGCUCAGUUAUUAAGGAACUGGUUGGAACAAAGUUCUGCAGCUUUGUACAAGUCACUUGGCUAUUUCUGCUGCCGUGGUAGAAAACUUAAAACAUGUACAUAGAUUUAAUUAUUUUAACAUUGCAUCAGAUUUAAACCUCCCAAAAUACUUGUACAAGAAAUACCUCUGUUAGGGAAAGAAGCACAUUUAAAGUAAAAGGGUUGAUAAAAUGGGUAUUCUGCCUACAAGUGACAGCCAGAAAUGAAAAAUGGAAGUUGUUUUGCCUUUUAAUGGAACGACCAUAGGGUAUAUUUGCAAAUGUCUUUUUUGUUUAUUCCAUGUGUAUCGAAUCGUUUUGCUAAUUUUAAGGUCAUUUUCCCAUCUUUGGAUCCAUUUAAGGUGAGCACCAUCUUUAAACAAAAUAAUCUUUUAAUAUAGAUCCCAUCUCAUCAUACUAAACAACACACUCAAAUUACUUAAAGAUGGCACGUCCUUUCAACAUGGAGGCACAUUCAAAUGUAGUGGAUAAACAUUGAAUUUGAUGCAAGUUAAUUUCUGCAAAGAUGAAACAACUUCCAUUGUAAGUAAUUUCAUUUUUUGCCGCCCCCUUGCAGGCAACAAUCUCAUCUUGUAGCCCCUUGUCCUUUUUUGGAGUUUUUACACGCUUUGAAAUUUGUAAUGCAUUGUAGCCAUUGAAAUAAGACACAUUGGAAUAACCAGUUUGAAUUACAUUUUAGUGGCACUUCUAGAACUUGGCUUGUUCAGUAAUGUCAGGUUUCCGUAGGUUUUGCUUGUGGGAAGGACAAAAACGGUCUGUUUUUUCUGUGCUCACAAAUACUAGAUAUAGUUUGAAACUCACACUAGCCCUGCACCCAGUCCUGGAUUUCAGAACUACCAUCAAUCCCUGUUAGUAACCCUACAGACUUACUCACAAUGUGUCUUCAGCUCAGAGCAGAUUUACCAGGGGCCUGACUGUUCAAACUCCCCCAUCCUGGUCAUUUCAAAGAUGUACCUAAAUGAGGGGUGUUCUGAAAGCCAGGACUAGAUUUUCAAGCCAAGUGAAUCAGUUAUUAAAUUGAUAUAGAAUGCAAGCUGUUUUAGAAUGCAAUUUGUACCAAUUUUUUGGAGAACUGUUAUGAAAAUGAAAGUGUGCUAAUUGGUUUACUUAACAGCUGUGUUAUUUCUUCCCUGUACAGUAUGUGCUUUCUUACUUCAAGUAGCGAAUGAAAUAUGUUUAUAAAUCUGACCUGUUGAACACAGAAACACAUGUUACAGCAAACGCAUUUUCAUUUUAAAACAUUGCAUCCGGUACUACGCUGAGGUCAGUUUGCUUGUCUUGCAUUCCAGGAAGUCUAUCACUGCUUCACUUCUGUUGCAUUGUGCCUCACUGGCUGGAAGCAUGUCUGUAAAUAGGGAGAAGCUACUGAUUGGCUAAUGACAAAAAAGCUGAUUUGAAUGUGUGGCCAAGCAUGAUCCUGCAAACAUAUUUCUUUAACCAGAAGAAGCAAAUCUCACAUUACAAAUACAUGUUACUAUAACAAGUAUUUCAUUAAAACUGCACAUUAUGAAGGGAGCAACAAGUAAGAUUCAUGGAAGACGUUUGUAACAAUGUUAAUAUCCAUCAACAUGUUUUGAUUAAACUACAAAAACAAGACAGAUUGCACAAGAAAGUAAGUUAUAAGUUUAUUGUAAAAUGCAUAAUGUCUUCUCUCUCUUUAGAUUGCAGUGUAAUAGUUCAGACACCCUUCUGACUUAUUGAUGUUUUGUUAAUUCUUGGGUUUUAUGGAUUUUAUAUGAUGUAUUUUUUGUACUUGUGUAACUUUGAGAUUUGCUGACUUUUUGUUAUGAUAAGUUUAAAAUGUUUUAUAAGAUUGAAUAAAGAAAAAAAAAAAAAAA